UUAUAUGUGACAUUGAAUUUAUGUCAAAUCUAUUCUGUAUUUAUUCAAUGAUUCUAACCACUACCAUAGAGAAUCAAUAACUUCGCGUGUGGUAUGAAAAUGUCAAUGCUAUCGCUGUCAGUCACUGUCGUCGUCACUGACCACGACCACUGAGGAGUGGCUGUAACGUGUGAAGUAUGGCGCCACGCCGUGUGUUUUUAAGUCCUGGUUUUUCAUAUCUUUGACCCGCUGACAAAAUGUAUUCGCGCUAAGAAUACUUUUUGGUGUCAUUUAAUUAACAACGAACGUCCAUUUGUAUUUAGUUUUAUACAAGAAGGAAUCUAGCGGUCCCAAAGUUACAUGUAUGUAAAGUUGAGCGUUUUAACAUAUUUUAAGUACAAGUUACUUUGACGCCAUAUUUACUUCUAUCCAUGAUCCGUCCAAUCAUUGGAGUCGCUGGCUGUAUACAAAUGCACGUGGACGACAGCCAUUUUGCCGCGGGAUUUUGAAUCGAUAAGCUUCAUUACUGCAAACAAGCUUGUACCAGAGAAAAUGCUUCCACUUUCGCACAAAGAUUCAAAGAAUCUUGGCAGCAGGAUAAAGGAGAAGCUGUUGGGAUGGAAACGUUUAAUAUUCUCUGAUAAAAAUACCAGGAAUUUAUUUUUAUUUCUUUUAUUGAAUUUAUCCUUUGCCUGUGUUGAAUUAAUGUAUGGAAUAUGGACAAACAGUUUGGGUUUAAUAUCAGACAGUUUCCACAUGUUCUUUGAUUGUACUGGUUUAUUAUUUGGCUUGGCUGCAUCAGUUAUUACAAAGUGGAGAGCAAACGAACGAUACUCCUAUGGCUAUGUUAGAGCAGAAGUUCUGGGAGGAUUUGUUAAUGCUCUGCUUCUGUUCUUUAUUGCUCUCUUCAUUAUGUCAGAAGCUGUGGAAAGAGCCAUUGAGCCUCCGGAGAUAAAACACGAAAGACUUCUGGUUGUGUCCAUUAUGGGAUUAAUAGUUAAUUUAGUAGGAAUGUAUGUAUUCCGUCAUGGCCAUGGACACAGCCAUGGAAUGGGACAUGGUCACUCUCAUUCUCAUGGAAGUCAUGCACAUUCUCACUUGAAUCAUAGUCACAGUCACGAACAUCAUGAUAUUGAAAUCGAUCCAUCGUUCAGUGGUACAAACUCUCAAAUCAUGAAAGGAGUUUUUCUGCAUAUCUUAGCAGAUACUCUUGGAUCUGUGGGUGUAAUUAUAUCAGCAGUGCUGAUGCGCUUGUUUGGCUGGUUUAUAGCUGAUCCAAUUUGUUCUAUGCUGAUCUCAGUAUUGAUAGUUUUAAGUGUGCUUUCCCUGAUGAAAGACUCGUGGGAAAUACUGAUGCAAAGGCAACCAGCUGCAUUGGACCACAUUUUACCACAGUGUUAUAACAAGGUGACUCAAUUAGCUGGGGUAUAUAGUGUGCAAGAUCCACAUUUCUGGACACUGUGCUCAGAUGUGUACGUUGGGUGCUUGAAAUUGGAAGUUGCCAGAACAGUAGAGCCUAAAUACGUUGUAGCACACACACAAAUGAUUUUCCAAGCAGCUGGAGUAAGGCAUCUAACUGUUCAGUUAGAUUAUGCACCUAUGUGAUCUAUGAAAAGCAUGCAUGUCAUAAAGUGUUCUUACAAGUGCUCCAAGACUGUAUCUAUUUGUGGAGUUUGUCAAAAGCAAGCAAGAAACAUUGCACUCAUGCAAAAUAUUCUUGCCAUUUUAAAAUUAUGCAGAUAUCUUGUUCUAAGCAACAGUGAAUAUCAUCUUGGGUUACAAAUUAUUUAAAAAAUUUGUCGAAGUUAAAAGAAAAGAAAAAGAAAGAAUAAUAAAAAUUCGCGACUCAGGAUAUCGAUAUUACUCUUAAGGAUACGCCAAUUUUGUAAAAUUAGCGUAUUUGAUUACUUGCAUCCAUCACGAACAAAAAUCAUUGAUUUCAUUUCUUUAUAAUUCUGUUGUAAAUAUAGAUAUUCGUACUUUUCCAUCAAAUUGCAACUUAUCUUUGUUUACAAGAACUUUAACUCUGUACUAUCUAUCGACAAAAAAUCGCACGUCAUGUUUUGUAUUAUCUACCGAAGUUUUUAUAUUAGAAUGCAUUUAAAUGCAUUUUCGAAGAUCAAAGCUGCAUUAAAUUACAUCUUUUUAUCUUUGCAGGGCUAAUUUAAGCCACAGCUAUAAAAAUGUUUCUACGUCGUCUUUGCAUUGAUUUGUAUACAAUUACUAUUCACGGUAAAGUUUAAACAUCAUGGUCAAUUGUGCGCAAAAUGAAAGACAAAGAAAAGAUCAUAUUCGCACAUAAUUACGGUGGCCAUAACCAUAUACAGACAGCUACAGACAGCUAGUCACUACUAUACAGAAAGUGUGAAAUAUACCUUAUAUAAAUAUAACUUUACAAAGUGUAAUAUAAAUCGAUAUUCUUAUGUCUAAACGAAGUUGUGUUUUCCUUAUAAUUUAUCAUAUUUUCGACAUAUUAUCCGCGUUAAGUAGAUUCAUCCCAUUCGUAUUAAAUAUUUACGAAUGGUUAACGCGCAUAGUCAGUAUAUUUAUAUUGAUGAAACAUCAUUUCUAUAAAUAUCCGAUAGACAAAUUGCGAAUAAUAUCAAAAUACCUAUAGCAAUAGGAAGAUUCUUAAACAUUGAAAAUGAAAUUUUCUUCGUACAUUUCAUUUAAUCGCACAUAAUUGAAACGAAAUGAAGCAUCUUCAUUUAGAAAGUUUCAUAUACCAUAUUUCGCAUUCACGGAAAGCGUUACCCAUUUAUUUUCAUUCAUGUUGUAAUAUAUCUUUGGAAAAGUGAUUAUCAAAUUAGAAUUAACGACAGAUUUGUAAGCAUAAAUUUUAAACAUGACCAGGACAUUCCAUUAUAGUCAAGGUAUAUUAUUUGUAUACUUGAGAUUGUGAUGAUGUAAGCCAAAAUAUAGAUAUUGAUAAAAUGGAAUGGAACCUCAUAGAAAUUAAUAAGAAUACUUAGUAAGAACGUAGAGAGGAAUUUUUCUAUCAAGUUUCUGUAUCAUCUUAUACUGAGACGAACGCAUUAUUUGCAGCGCUAUUCGAUGAAACUACCACGACGAGCUAUGUAAUUUCUGAAAUGAAAGCCAACGUUGUUACGUUUUAUUAACACAAUUGUAUAAACGAAAAAUUUUGAAGAGAAUAUCUUCGACAUGAGCAAAGUGUAAAUAAUAAAGAAAAAUACUUAUAA